GUAAAUGUCACAGAAAUGUGUUGUGCAUAGCAUUUUUAGCUGCGGUUUACCUGUUAACCUUUCGAAAUCAUAUCACAAUCAAGGCCCUCCAGUUUCAUUAGGAGAAUGGAGAAAUGCUGUAGUUUCCAAACAAAGCUCUGCACAAUCGGACGUGUACGUCACCGGCAAAUCAACUACAAAGAUAACUUAUCAGUGAUAGUGAAUUAAAAAGAGCAAAGUUUGGACCGUACAAUGUCGGUUGUGGAGGAUAUUUGUGAAUUAUUAGAUAGCUACAAUGGGCGCGACAAGGUGGUGCGGCUAGCCUGUUACUCGUGCAAACUGUAUGGCUGCCUGCGUGGAGAGAAGCCCUGGGAAACGGCCGGCUCGAGGCUGUCGGGCGCGCGCCUCAUGCUGCGGCUCUUCGACGACAUCCCCAUGCUGAGGCACACCUACAACUAUGGCUUGGGACGACAUGAAUCCUCAAAAGUGGCGGCGGUGCUCGGCGUGCUGGCCAACGUGGUGGACCAGACCUUCCUGCCGGUGGAGAAGGCGUGCUGGCUGCACGAGGUGGGCGUGCUGCGCCUGUCCGCGCGCGCCGCCGAGCGCCUGGAGGUGCUCAGCACCGCGCUGUGGGCCGCCAGCCUCUACAUCUCGCUCAUACAAACGAUCCGCUCGAUGCGGCACACGUGGUGGAGCCGGUCGUGCCUGGCGGCGGGCGGCGAGGCGGGCGCGGCGCGGCGGCAGCUGGACGCGCGGCUGCUGCUGCAGGCGGCGGCGGGCGGCAAGCUGCUGCUGGACAUCGUGCACGCCGUGAGCUGCCUGCCGCGCGGCGCGCUGUGGGGCGCGCGCGUGCCGGCGGCGCACGUGGCCGCCAUCGCCACCGCCUCCUCGCUCGCCGGCAUCGCGCUGCACUUCGCCAGGAAGCGGCUGCUCAAGUGACGACGACUGGACGAAAGAAACGUACAAGUAUAUUUGUAGAUACUCUGUUUCGAGUAACGAGGCAGAUUUGAGCCACGUAUUGGCUCAGGUGGAGACUUCUUGGGAUACUGAUAGAAACGGUUACUUUUAUGUAUUGAUUAAAAUGUGUGCGCCGUUCCCUUAACAGUAUUCGACCUAAAACAUUUAUUUUAAUUUUCCCGGGAUAAUAUCAUAAUGAUGGGCCAUCAUACAUACUUGUAGAAUUUCAAUCGACUAUAAAAAUAAGUAAGAAUGGUUUUUUUUUAAUCGAGUGAUGUUUAUUUAGUUCUAAAAUUAACCUUAUAUCUUUCUCGUCAUAUGGACCUUUUUAUAGCCAAUUCAAUCAGCCAUAAAAAGGUACAUAUGAUCUAACUUUUUUAUGGCCGAUCUACUCUAUUAAGUAUAUCCAUUUGUUGAAAUUGUUGUUAUAUUUUAUCAAGGAACAAAUGAACUGAUGGUUUCUAUGAUAUUAAAUAUAUAUAAAUAUAUGUUUAAGAACUUACUACUUAUGAAAAUUAAUCGAGUAUGUUAAUAUUAUGUAAAUAUGACCUUUUACAUGUCUAUAUACGUUUUGUUCCGUUAUUUCGAUUGUAAAUACGAAUUAUUUUUGUAUAAAUUAGGAUUUUAGUCAAAAUGCUAUUUACGACUAUGUAUUUAUUACUAAAAACCUACUCGUAGUUAUUACUAAAAAAAAACGACAAAAUUAUAUUUUACAUAAUUUUGCCGUUUUAAGUUACUCAUUUGGGCCAACGUUAGAGCGGCAUAAUAAUAGGUAUGAACAUGGAUUUUUCUUUUUUUACUUUUAUGAGAAUUUGACUUUGCUGUGUAAUGUAUCUACCUAUAAACAGACGGGCAAGUUUGUGUGUGAAGCUGAGGGUUAGAAAAACAGAAACGUGUAUUUAUUGUCAACUAUGUAAAUGAUUUUGCUAGACUAAAUUCUAUACAGUUUUUUAACUUUUAAUUUAUUGCAUUGAUUCUGGUAAAAGUUAGGGAAUGACAUUUUUUAUUCCAAAAGCAAAGUAAUGUUCUCAGAUUUUUUUGCGAUUACCUUAACUGUUUUUGACGACGAUAAGUCUACCUGUUUAAUUAUUGAUUGAUUAUUGUGAACAGCGUGAAGAUAAUAUAGAAGUUUUGUAUAAAUCGCUUUGUAAUUUUAAGUAGGUACCUAAUUAAUAGUAAAAAAUAAAAUAAUGGUAUUUU